GCAUUUUGGUCACCGACUCAUUUUAAGAAUCUCAGGUGAGUGGUAGAACUCCCGGAGGUGGUGCGCAGUUCAACGCCGGCGAACACAUUCUCGGAACUGUUUGGCGAAAUGCCUUGCAUAAGAAAUUGCUUAGACAAUAAUGUGCAUCAUAUACUAAUUACCGUCAUGGCAGCUGUUCUGUUUGAGGCACUCGGGGCUGCUUCGGUUGUUGUGCCAAGUACCGGGUGCUAUGUUCUUGACAAUUCCAGCUACAUUUAUGAUUUUAGUAGCUGGAUUGGACAUUCAUUUAAUUAUGAUGGGCAGGGCACUGACAUGGUGUUACGGUUUUGUAAAGAUGUACAAGCCAGAUCACAAGGGGGGUAUUUGGAUUUUGGUAGAUAUGAUAAGUUCAAUUAUUUUGUAGCUGGUUCUGGACAAGUCAACUUUGUUCAAGAAUAUUUCAAUGGUGACCUGACUAAUUGUGAGCAAUCUUAUGAUAAGAUGGGCCGUACAGCUCAGGUCAAUAUCAUAUGUGGAGACUGCCCUAAUGGAAAAUGUAAAGGUGGACUUGGAUGUAUAUGCAGCAUCACUAAUGAAUCUAGCUGCAGAACUAUAGUAGAACUUGCCAUUCCAUGUGACAAACCAGGCGAACGAGUGUUUAAAGGCUUCACAGUUGGUUUCCAUCCACGGAAGUGGGAAAUUGUUUACAAUGGCAUGACUCAAUUAGGUUUUGAAAAAGCUUAUAAGGAAUUCAGCUUCAGCACGGAUCAAACUCAAGUAGACCUUUAUAUGACUGCAGUUGCAUCUCUUUCGAGUUUAGUGCAAAAGCCAGUAACUAAGAUUUCACCUGACCAAGGUUUGGAGGUGAAAUUAUCAGGCUCAGCAACAAGUGGAGAGUCACCUACAACAUUAUCACCAACAGUCUUAACUAUUGAUUGGACAUGUGAAACAGCUCGUGACACGCCAUAUGAAGUUAACAUUACCAUUCCAGUGGAAAGCUAUGAUCCCAUUCAAUUCACCCUUACUAAAAUGUGCACGGUGGGUAGUCAAAGUGAGAAAGGAGAUGGUACAAGAGGAUGGACAGUAUUUGGAGUGAUAUCUUGCGUGUUCAUUGUUGCCUCAACACUGCUGUGCUGUGGAGGGUUUAUUUACAAUACACGAGUGCAAAAUCAGCAUGGUCUUGAUGCGUUGCCUGGAAUGGCAUACUUAUCCGCAUGUUUAGAAACAUUGGGUGGAGUAGGCCACAACUACACACAGCCAGAAGAUACCAAUAGAUCUUUUGAAAACCAGGCUUCAUGGGAACAAAACUCAGAUUCUACUCAAGGAACCUGGAGAACUACUGAAAGAACAUAUGGGUCAAUUUGAUGAAUUUAAGGUCAUCUCCUAAAUUCACAGACUUGCCAUCUCCUGGAGUCCAAGUGUCACAAAUUAAAAUUGCUUUCGAAAAAGAAGGAAGUUACUAAUCUAUCAGGUCUGCAUAUGAAGCGUAUCAUAUUUUCUUGUUGCAGAAGAAGUUGAUGAAAGCAUAUUAGGCAUAGUAAACCUCAGUUUUGGCCUUUCUUGCAUUAUGUUUGAAACAUAGAUCUGCCAAUUUGGCCUAGGUGUAGAUGAUCAUCUUAAAACCCAAUCAGGCAUUUACUUUAUUUCAUAGUGUACCCUUCACUUGAUACUUUCUUUUUGGGGGUUCUUUGGUCUUCAUACAGUGACAUCAUUGCAUUGAAAUUAAAACUCUUAGGUGUUAUCUUGAAAUGUCCUAAAACAAAGAAUUUAUCA